GGCAGCGGCAGUGGCGGCGGCGACUCCUCCGUGUCCGACUCCUGCUCUGGCUGUAGCUCCGGCCCGCGAUGCCCCACUCGGUGACCCUGCGCGGCCCUUCACCCUGGGGCUUCCGCCUGGUGGGCGGCCGGGACUUCAGUGCGCCGCUCACCAUCUCGCGGGUUCAUGCUGGAAGCAAGGCGGCCCUGGCUGCCCUGUGCCCGGGUGACCUGAUCCAAGCCAUCAACGGCGAGAGCACAGAGCUCAUGACACACCUGGAGGCCCAGAACCGCAUUAAAGGCUGCCAUGAUCACCUUACCCUCUCUGUGACAAGGCCUGAGAACAAGAACUGGCCCAGUGCACAUGACGACAAGGCUCAAGCACAUAGGAUCCACAUUGACCCUGGGUCCCAGGACUGCAGUCCAGUGACCAGCAGGCGGUCCUCAGUCUCUGGGUUUGGGCUGGACGACAACAGAUCAGGCCUGGGAUCUCCAUACGGUCAGCCAUCUCGCCUUCCAGUCCCUCACAAUGGCAGCAGCAAUGAGGUCACCCUGCCAGCCCAGAUGAGCACUCUGCAUGUGUCUCCACCUCCCAGCGCUGACACAGCCAGGGUUCUCCCUCGGAACCGGGACUGCAGGGUGGACCUGGGUUCAGAAGUCUACAAGAUGUUAAGGGAACCAGCAGAGCCAGCAGCCUCGGAACCCAAGCAGUCUGGAUCUUUCCGCUACUUGCAAGGGAUGCUAGAGGCUGGUGAAGGUGGGGAGCGGCCUGGGUCUGGUGGUCCCAGGAACCUCAAGCCAGCAGCCAGCAAGCUAGGUGCUCCGCUGAGUGGCUUGCAGGGGCUACCAGAGUGCACGCGCUGUGGCCACGGGAUCGUGGGAACCAUCGUCAAGGCAAGGGACAAGCUCUACCAUCCUGAGUGCUUCAUGUGUAGCGACUGUGGCCUGAAUCUCAAGCAGCGUGGGUACUUCUUCCUAGAUGAACGGCUGUACUGUGAGAACCAUGCCAAGGCACGAGUCAAGCCACCCGAGGGAUAUGAUGUGGUGGCCGUGUACCCCAACGCCAAGGUGGAAAUCGUCUGAGCUGGGAAAUCUUGCCUCGCCUGCUUCAUUUAAUGUCCCCCAAUGGCCCGUGUAAAUAUAUGUCCUCCUGGCCUCUCUAAUAAAGUCCCUCUGCUUGCUGGUGUCUGGUCUGCCAACCUCCAGUACAGGCCAAGGCUCCAGUGUGCCGCAAGAUCAGUUCAGGUGCCAGGCCUGUUCUAGACACCAAGUUCGGUGACGAGGCAGGCAGGUCUCGUG